AUGUCUCAAGUCCUAGAUCCUACAUUUGCGUCGUUGAGCUCAGACAGCCAUGACGAACCUCCUGAGCAAAGGGUGAUCGCAGAGGGCCCAAAACUGCACGCGCAGAAUGAUAUGGGGCCACAAUCUGCGCAUCCUGACACACUGGAACCAGCAACCGUCCGAAGCGACAGGUUUUACUUUGAACACGAGUCGAUAUAUCUUUGCGUUACAAAUGAAGAUAAGCAUCAGUCGGUACUAUACCGAAUCCACCGGUAUUUCCUCGAGCGCGACUCGGAAGUCUUCCGGGACAUGUUUCUGUGCGCACCCGGAGAGAAGAAGAGGGAGGGCCUCACAGAAGAAACGGCAAUCUUCCUGCCUGGCGUAACCACGCACGAGAUAGAGUCCUUGCUGUCGUUUCUGUACCACGGCAUGUACAAGAUGGAAGUCUCGCUAGACAAUUGGGUUGCGCUGCUGUCCAUCUCGUCGCGGUACUUGUUCAAGGAGAUCCGCCCGCUCGCCAUCCAAGCUAUAGCGGCGCACAAUCCGCCCCUCGACCCCGUCGAGCGCAUCGUCCUCGCCGUGAAGCAUGACAUACCCUCCUGGCUCCAGCCGGCCUAUAUCGCGCUCGGCCUGCGGGGGGACCCUCUUUCGGACGCGGAAGGCGAGAAACUGGGUCUUCGAGCGACGCUCCUCAUCGCACGGGCCAGGGAGACGAUGUUGCGCCGACAGGUCCCCGCCCCGGAGAGCGUGAAUGCGAUCUUCCGAUUUGGGUCACCCUGUACAGACUGGCGGUCGCCGGAAGGGGAUCCCAUAAUCGAGCAAGCCUCUCGUUCUCCACCGGACCACAGUCCACGGGAAAUCAAGAUCCACAGCACAAGCUUCUACAUCGAAGACGACCUCAUAUUCCUAAGUGAGAACACUCACUCCGGACCACGAGCUCGUCACGCUGUACAAAGUCCAUCGAUACUUUCUCAAGCGCGACUCGGAGUUUUUCCGCAAUAUGUUGAUGUGCCCACAGGGCGAAGGGAGGAGAGAGGGGACCACAGAGGAGACAGCAAUCCCUCUACUGGGCGUCACGACGCACGAGAUAGAAUGCUUGCUGUCUUUUCUAUACCACGGGUGCGUCCUCCGCCGUAUGCGUACCGCGGUGCCCCGACCCCCGCCAUGUACGAGAGGAAAUUCGGACGGCACGAUUGGAUCGCGCUGCUGUCCAUCUCGUCACGGUACCUCUUCGACAAAAUCCGCCAGCGCGCCAUCGAGGCCCUCACAUCGCAAGACCCGCCGCUCGACCCCGUCGAGCGCAUUAUCCUCGCCAUCAAGCACAACGUCAUGCAGAUGCUCAUGCCGUCAUACAUCGAGCUAUGCGUGCGCGAGACCCCGCUGUCCGACCACGAGGGGGAGCGACUUGGUCUCUUUGUCGCCAUCCGGAUCGCACGCGCCCGGGAGGAGGUAUUUCGCAAGUGCAUUGGGGGCGCGAAGCCAAAGGCCAAGAAUACUAGACUCAGUUUGAACGGAAGUAGUGGUGAGCCGUGGGGAGCAGAAAUGCAGGAGGUAGCCGAUAUUGUACAAAAUAUCAUGUUCGCACCGCGGUGA